GUUGAGGACUGGGAACCAACGAGUCCAAAAGCCAAAGAUGUUCUUGGAACCGAUGGCUACAUUGCUCCGGAAGCUUAUUUGGGAGACUAUUCCCCGGCCUCCGAUAUUUACUCCAUUGGAGUAGUCAUGUACAAGCUGCUGACUGGUAGAUUUCCCAGUCGGGAAGAUAUCUUUGACGACAAGCCUGGUGAGAACUGGGUUGGCAGUCCAGCAAUGAAGAGGAGAGGCAUAUAG